UAUGAUAAAAAGACAAAAUAGAAAACAUUCUUAACAGUCAAAUGUUGUUCAUAAAAGUCUGUUUUAAAUUUUAAAAUACACAAAAUUCAAAAGCCACAAUUCAAAUACUUAUUCGCUCAACUACGUAUUUAUUGAUAUCGAAUUGACGCAAUGGCCAAAGUCAUUUUGGUUACUGGUGGAUCAGGACUGGUGGGCAGCGCCAUCAGAACAAUUGUUGAAACCCAAAAUGAAGCAUUACCUGAUGAAAAAUGGAUAUUUACUAAUUCAAAAGAAGCAGAUCUCAAUGAUGUACAAGCGACAAAAGAUUUAUUUGAAAAAUAUAAACCUACACAUGUCAUACACUUGGCGGCUAUGGUUGGCGGUCUAUUUCAUAAUAUGAACAACAAUUUGGACUUUUUGCGCAAAAAUGUACACAUAAACGAUAAUGUUCUAGAAACUAGUUUUCAGUACAAUGUAAAAAAAGUCGUUUCAUGUUUAUCUACAUGUAUUUUUCCAGACAAAACAUCAUAUCCAAUUAAUGAAACUAUGAUUCAUAAUGGACCUCCUCAUCCAUCCAACUUUGGUUAUAGUUAUGCCAAGCGACUGUUAGACAUCGCAAAUAAAGCAUACCAUCAAAAACAUGGAGUGAUAUAUACUUCUGUUGUUCCAUGUAAUGUAUUUGGGCCACAUGAUAAUUUUGACUUACAAAAUGCCCAUGUAGUUCCAGCUCUCAUUCAUCGACUACACAUAGCUAUAGAAAAAGGAGAUGAUAAAUUUGUUGUAUUGGGAUCUGGAAAACCUUUGCGACAAUUCAUUUAUUCAUUGGAUCUUGCCAGACUAUUUGUUUGGGUAUUAAGGAAUUAUAAUGAUGUUGAACCCAUUAUUUUAUCAGUGGACGAGAAAGAUGAAAUAACAAUUCGGUUAUUAGCUGAAAUGAUUGCUAAAUCAUUUAAUUUUCAAGGAGUUUUAGAAUUUGACACUAGUGCUGCAGAUGGUCAGAUAAAAAAAACUGCUAGUAAUGAAAAACUUAGAAAAUUGUUACCAAAUUUUAAAUUUACCAAUUUAGAAACAGCUAUUGCUGACACUGUUGAAUGGUUUAAAAAAAAUCAUAAACAAGCAAGACUGGCCGCACCAUAAAGAAUAUGAUUAAUUUAAAAAUAUGUUUUUAUUUUUAUGAGAAAUCUGAAUUUAUCUUACAUUUUAUUUUUGUUAUAAAUACUGUUAUUUUUAUAAGGUGUUUAACAAUAAUCUUAAUUAAGUAAAUUACUUUUUUUGAUUCUCAAAACAGUUUUCUUACUAAAACUGUAAUACUUAAGUAUUAAAUAAUUAUUAAAAAUAAUCCAUAAUUUGUUCAUUAGUAAAAAAUUAUUCAUUAAUAUAAUUUUACUUAAAAAAAAAAAAUCUUAUAAUAUAAAAUAGGCUUAGAAGUGCAACAGUAAUGUAGUAAAUAAGUAUUAUAAAAAUAUGUUACUACUGUACUAGUGAUAUAAACUUAUAUGCAACCUACUAAAAAUGUGCUUGUAUUAUUACUAUUAAGAGACUUGUUUUAAAUAUAUUAUAAUUUAACAUCAUUACUUGCCAAUUUUUAAAACUAUUAUUUAUUUAUAUUUUCAUAUUUAUUUAAAAGUUGUAGAAAAAUUAUCUUAUAAAAAAGCUAUGUUAUAUCAUCAAUUUUAUGUUCAGACUUGGCUCAAAAAGUAGUCGACUGAAGAAAGUGCCUGGGACGGCAUUUAAAAUGUUAAUAUUAUAAAUUAUUUUUAUAAAGAUAAUAUCACACAAUGUUUUAAUAUUAAAAAAUAAUAAAUAUUCAUUGUUUUGUUUAUUUGUUAUAAGUUAUAACUUUUAACAAAUUAUUUUGAACUUGUAAAUAAUGUAAAUGACCUUAAGUUUAAAUACUAAUCAAUAUUUAAUUAAAAUUGUUGAAAAUAAAAAUGAUUGAGACGAUGCUUGUCA